AAAAAAAAAAAAAAAAAUGUCAAUAAUUGUUGAGCAAGGAGGGAGUAUUAUACAUUUUCUGGAGUCGAUUCUGAAUUUGGAUUCCCAUUAGCAAAAUUCCCAAUUCUUCUGUAUAUAAUUUUGGGGAUGGAUUUUGUCGUCUCCGAGGUCGUCGGCUAUAUUGAUCAUACCGUCGCCGAUGUUCUUGUUGCCGUUGACGUCUCUGCUUGUAGACCUUGUUGAUUAUUGUCUUAGGGUUCCAUAAUUUAUCGGAAGCUGCGAGAAGGCUAGAAUCAGUAGUUUGGCUUUGAAUUUCUGUUUGUUUCUUCGUUUUGGGCUGCGGAGAUGGAUUUGACUCGGCCGCCGGAGAAUAGCGGUUUGUCGUUAGGGUUUUUAUCCCACGUUUCAGCAGCAGCAACAGCUCAGGAGAGCAAUAGCAGGGAUUCGAAAAUCGCUGACGAUUCGAUAUCUUUUCAGAUCGAGUCGAGGGUUCGAGAUCCUUCCCAUCCUCUGCCAUCGAUUCCGCUUCAAUUGAUGGACCAGCAAACCGAGGAGAGUCACCGUUUAGUCGAAAACAAUGCGACUGAGAAAAGGGGCAAAGAGGAGGAAGACGAGAAGGAGUUUGAGGAGUUUCGGAUUUUGGGACAUUGCAUGACUUUGAAGCGGAAGCGCGAUUGCGAUUCGGGUUCUUCAACAAUGGCAGCUUCGUCCUCCACCUCAAAGGGCAUUAGGGUUUCUUCGAGUAUGGAAUCUCGCAGGAGCGCCGUCAGGGCUUGGGGGAAUCAGAGCUUGCAAGAGGCUGACUCUGAUUUGUUCAAAAUCAUGGAGAAAGAGAGAGAGAGACAAGUGAAAGGGAUUGAAUUGAUUGCCUCAGAGAAUUUUGUGUGUAAAGCAGUCAUGGAGGCAUUGGGGAGCCACUUGACGAACAAGUACUCCGAAGGGAUGCCUGGUGCUCGAUACUAUGGCGGGAAUCAGUAUAUUGAUGAGAUCGAAACACUCUGCCGUGAUCGUGCAUUGGCUGCAUUCGGGCUUGAUUCUGAAAGUUGGGGUGUCAAUGUGCAACCUUACUCAUGCACAUCAGCUAAUUUUGGUGUUUAUACUGGUCUUUUGUUACCAGGGGAUAGGAUUAUGGGGUUAGACACCCCCUCGGGAGGGAAUACUAGUCAUGGUUGCUAUUUACCUAAUGGUAGAAAAGUGUCGGGGGCCUCAAUAUUUUUUGAAACUCUUCCCUAUAAGGUUGAUCCGCAGACUGGGUAUGUUGACUAUGAUAAGCUUGUGGAGAAGGCACUUGAUUUUCGCCCCAAAAUAUUGAUUUGUGGUGGGAGUUCGUAUCCUCGCGAUUGGGAUUAUGCAAGGUUCCGAGAAAUAGCUGAUAAAUGUGGUGCAGUUUUGUUGUGUGAUAUGGCCCAGAUCAGUGGUCUCAUUGCUGCUAAGGAGUGUGCAAAUCCAUUUGAAUAUUGUGAUGUUGUUACUUCCACUACACAUAAAAGCCUUCGAGGUCCCAGGGGAGGAAUAAUAUUCUACAGGAAAGGACAAAAGCCAAAGAAGAGGGGCAUGCUUCUGAAUCAAGGAGAUGGCACAGAUCGAUAUGACUUUGAGGAGAGGAUUAACUUUGCCGUUUUCCCAGCACUGCAAGGUGGGCCGCAUAAUAAUCAUAUUGCUGCCCUGGCAAUAGCACUGAAACAGGUGGCAACUCCUGAAUACAAGAUGUAUAUGCAACAAGUUAAGAAAAAUUCUCAGGCUUUAGCAUCAGCUUUAUUGAGAGGAGAAUGCAAAUUAGUGACUGGGGGCACUGAUAAUCAUCUGUUGCUGUGGGACUUAAAAAAUUUUGGAUUGACAGGCAAAAAUUUUGAGAAGUUCUGUGAACUAUGUCACAUUACCGUCAAUAAAGUUACUGUUUUUGAUGACAAUGGCAACAUAACACCUGGAGGCGUAAGGAUUGGUACACCCGCAAUGACUUCAAGAGGCUGUCUGGAGUCUGAUUUUGAGACGAUAGCUGGAAUUCUUAUUCAAGCUGCUCGUAUUGCUAGCUCUAUACAGAAAGAACAUGGGAAACAGCCAAAAGGGUUUAUGAAAGGACUUGAGAACAACAAAGAAAUCAUUGAACUCCGGAACCGGGUAGAAACCUUUGCUUCACAAUUUGCCAUGCCGGGAUUUGAUGAAUGAUUUGGUUCCUGUCUUACAUGGGAGAGGCAUAUUUCCAUCUAUUCAUGAUAAAGUGGCAUAGGAAUCCUUGUACAACCAAAAUGAUGGGGCUUUUUAUGAUUCUUUGGCAGCUGUGUUUCAUAUAAAAUUUUACUCAUUGGGUUUUAUAUCAUUGCAUGCACCACCACCCUGUCUGGUUAUCAUGCCAACAUAUGCUCUGGGCAGAACCUGAUGGUCACUCAAGUUUUGAGAAUGUCGAGUGUGGCUGAAUGCUGCCAAGCUUCAUCCUCGGCUAAGUUUUGGUGGUACCGACGAUUAUGUGUUAAUUGUAGGGCCCUAUCAUUUGCUGUUAUUUUGUCCUGUGGAUUUUUGCUAUGGAAGGUUAAAUUAUUAGUAUUUAUUUUGUGCUUGUGAGCAUGUUAAGAUCGAAUUACAUUUAUUUCCCAACAGUUAUUGGAAUUAUGUUGUAUGUAGUUUGAGUUUCUACUUGUGAUGUCAAGGCAUGAACAUCCUGUAAUAGUGUAUUGUCUUUGCUUUUGUGUUUGAAUUGCUGAUUGAAAAGCUCCUAUGUAAUUGUGUAACUAUUUAUUUGUAUUAAUCUUUGGGAUUA